AUGGCUUUGGCAGAUUAUUCUAUCGCUUUGUAUAACUACUUUACAUCGCUUUCUAUUAUUCAACAAGCCAGUGUAAUCAUAUUAUUUCCAUUCAUUUAUAACUUAUUAUGGCAAUUUUUUUACUCUUUUAGAAAGGACAGAGUACCAUUGGUUUUUCAUUGGAUGCCAUGGGUUGGAUCAGCGGUGGUUUAUGGUAUGCAGCCAUAUGAGUUUUUUGAAAGAUGCCGUGAGAAAUACGGGGAUGUUUUUGCGUUUGUAUUGUUAGGUAAGGUGAUGACGGUUUACUUAGGACCAAAAGGACACGAGUUUGUAUUGAAUUCAAAAUUACAAGAUGUCAGUGCUGAGGAAGCGUACACACAUUUGACCACACCUGUGUUUGGAAAAGGUGUUAUUUAUGAUUGUUCAAAUUCCAGAUUAAUGGAACAAAAGAAGUUUGCUAAAUACGCCUUGACCAAGGAUUCUUUCAGGACCUACGUUCCUAAAAUCAAAGAGGAAGUAUUGAGUUAUUUCGCUACUUCUGAAAACUACGAAAUGAAAGAAAAAUCUAGUGGGGUUGUUAAUGUUAUGGAGACUCAACCAGAAAUCACUAUUUUCACUGCAUCGAGAUCUUUGAUGGGUUAUGAAAUGAGAAAGAAGUUCGAUGCUUCUUUCGCUCAAUUAUAUGCUGAUUUAGACAAAGGAUUCACUCCAAUCAACUUUGUUUUCCCAAACUUGCCAUUACCUCAAUAUAGAAAGAGAGACGCUGCUCAAAAGAAAAUCUCUUCGACUUACAUGUCGUUAAUUAGCAGAAGGAGAGAUACAGGAGAUAUCGAUCCAUCUCGUGAUUUAAUAGAUUCCUUGAUGACAUAUUCAACAUAUAAAGAUGGCGUGAAGAUGACUGACCAAGAGAUUGCUAAUUUAUUGAUUGGUGUUUUAAUGGGUGGACAGCACACUUCUGCUUCUACUUCUGCUUGGUUCUUGUUGCACUUGGCUGAGAACCCAAGGUUACAAGAUGAAGUGUACGAAGAAAUUUUGUCGGUUUUGAAACAAAAGAAUGGAUCGUUCCACGAUUUAGAUUAUGAUGAUUUACAAAACAUGCCUUUACUUAACAAUAUUAUCAAAGAAACGUUGAGAAUGCAUAUGCCUUUACAUUCUAUUUUCAGAAAGGUCAUGAAUCCAUUGUUAGUUCCAAACACUCCAUACGUUGUUCCUAAAGGUCACCAUGUCCUUGUUAGUCCCGGUUAUGCCAUGACCAAUGAAAGAUGGUUCCCUGAAGCUGGAAAAUUUAAUCCUUACAGAUGGGAAGAAACGAAGGCCAAUGGGAAUGAAGACACCGUUGAUUAUGGUUUUGGCGCGAUUUCAAAAGGUGUUUCUUCUCCUUACUUACCUUUUGGUGGUGGUAGACAUCGUUGUAUUGGUGAACAAUUUGCUUAUGUUCAAUUGGGUACUAUUUUGUCUACUUACGUCUAUAAUUUGAAAUGGUCUUUGAAAGACGGUAAAAUGCCUGAAAUUGAUUAUGCUUCAAUGGUCACUUUGCCUAUGGAGCCUGCCGACAUUUGUUGGGAAAAAAGGGAAACUUGUAUUAUUUAA